UGCUUUCAGUUUUUAUUUAGAUCUGUAGGGGUUCGGAAUAAUUCUACAAAAAGAAUAACUCUGAAACGUUUUUAACUUUUCGGCUAUUGUUUUUAUAAAACCACCAAAUUAGUACAAAAUCCAAAAGCCAAGAUGAAGUUCUACCCAAAUGCCGAUGUUUGGUUCUUUGUGGACAAGCCCAGCUGUAUGAACAGCUACCAGACAUACCCAAGGAAUCACAGCUGGAAGAUCAAUGACAAGACCACGGAGCGAGUUAUGCGCUAUUGGCGGGACAUAGAGGGUGUCAAGAAGACUCAGAUCAAGCUGGAUGAUCUCUACUUCAAGGACUGGCCCAAGGGUCGCAUCCGUCCGCAGGCGUGUCUUGGACUGCUCUACGCUACUGGCCAGCGCUUCAUCAAGUUGGCCCAGGCUCCUCCAGCUGGCUUCAAGUGCGCUCCACUGCCUGUGAACUUGGCCACCGCCCAGAUAGUCAAAGUGGAACUAAGGAAGAAGGCCAAGAAGGACAGGGCCGAAGCGAAAAAGGCCAAGGCAGAAGCGAAGAAAGCCAGGGCGGAGGCCAAGGCUAAGGCCGCCAAGGAAGCUGCCAAGUUGGCUAAAAAGAUGAUAGGAAAGGCUCCUCCUAAAAAGCCAACGGAAAUAAAGACCUAUGCUGAUGCUGAAAAAGCCUAACCCCAUAAAUAUAUAGUUAAUGUGAAAAUGUUCAAGGCCUCAAAUACAUAUUCUGAAAUAGUUAAAAGUA